CAGUACUGCACCGCUCCUGCGAAGGCUGUGCCAAAUACGAAGAAUCUUCAGUACCAUUGUCGCAGCGACUUCAACGACGCCAGCCUUGUCGUAGCCGACUACAACGUGCUGGCCCCCAAGAUCCUCGAAUUCGGUCAGUAAGUCGGUUGUUCACAUGGGUCUGGAGCUCACCAUCAUGCAUGAUGCACUCACAGCUACGCCUUGCGGGCGUGACGGAUGGUAUCUCAACGCAUCUGAUCAGUGCGAGAAGAAUUACUUUGUGAUCUGUGUGCGCCCUACGACGCCAGACAACAAUGACUGUUUCUACAUGGAGGCAGAUGACGAUUGUCAGUGGCCUCACACCUUCGAAUACGGGGCUGCGCCGACUGAGCUCGAGAUUUGGUACAAGUAUUAGAAGCCGUUGGCUUUCGCGCAAGCCGCA